AUGAGGCGAGCGAGGGUACGGCGAUUACAGAAAGGCGCGAGGACUUGUGUUCGAUGGCGAAUGGACCGCGGCAGACGGCUGUAUCUUCCAGCGCCACCAGAUGGCAAUCUCAGCUUAUUAGUCGUAUGUCCGCGCUAG